UUGGUCUGAGGUUGGGAUAUGUUGUUGACCGCUGACAGCGAGAAACAGAAACAAUACUUUUAACAACUAGUUCCCUCGUUUUUUUUUCUGGAACUUUGUUGUCAGAUAACAGACCUGUUAGAAACGAGGUCAAGUUCCCGUUGGCUUCAAUAUUUUUAGUUACCUGCCUCCUUGAGAGUGUUAAACUUACAGUCCUCUUCUUUUUAAAACAUAUGGAAAGUGGGAUGGGCCUUUCGGUUCCCUCCCAUCUGUUUUAAGGGCCCGUACUAAAACGUAGACUUACAGUCACAAGGAGUGGAGGGCCAUCAUUUGAUCAAGUGAUGUUCACUCUGUCAGUCGCGUUUCAACGAUCUUUCUGACAGGAAUUUUGCAUCUGGUUCUUUUCGUGCUAAAAGUUUCAUAAUUCCCACAAAAUUGGGUGAAUGGAAAAAAUGGGACGAUCUGACAGGUUCUUACGGUGAAAUCCAACUGUCAUACUCUUGGCUGUGUUCAUCCUUUAUCAGAAUGUCACAUCGUUUGGUUAUGACAGUGCUUAUCACAUGUUGGAUUGUCCUCCGAACCAGUGCCUUUUCAGUUCAAAAACACGAAAACGCUAGUGACUUGGCAGUUGAUAGAAUGGAACCAGCUGUGCAUGUGGCUAACCGAGCUUUUCCAUCGGUGGCAGAUAUUUACCCGGAAAUUGGAACUGAUCUAACCCAAGUGACCUGGGCCCAUGGAGUAGACACGAGAAAGAAGCUCGAACGGGCCUUAAGGGGUAGCGUGAUGAUGAUAGAAGCAGACGUUUCUCUUGGAAAGUUUAAGGGCGAUCCUCUUUCCUCAAACAGACCAAUUAUGGCACAUCCGCCAGUAACUGCCAGUGAUUUGACUCUGGAAACUUUUUUAGAUAUGGUUCUUGACGAAUCCCAAUAUAAAGGAAUUAAAUUGGAUUUCAAAAGUAACGAAGUACUUGAACAAGCUCUCCAAAUAAUCAAAAGUAGAGAAAAUAGGAUUCGCGUUCCACUUUGGCUGAAUGCAGACAUCAUUCAGGGACCAGUGGGCGCUACGACAGAACCUUUAAAUACGGAUAUGUUUUUGAGCCUCACUAAAUUCUACUUUCCCACCGCAGUCAUUAGCGUUGGAUGGACUACGAAAUUGGGGAAAGAGGCUGGUUCAUACACGUUCGACCAUGUUCUCAAAAUGAGAGAUGUCUUAACAGCCGCUCAAGUAACCGCUCCUGUAACCUUUCCUGUUCGUGCUGCCCUAGUGACAACUUUGGAAUCUCGGAAAAAUAUGUUAUGGCUCCUUAAUCAAAUACCAGGAAGCACGAUCACAAUUUGGAGUUCUUUUGGCGACAAAGUAGAUGUACCUGCGCUACUGGAUUUCAUAGACGCGAUUGGCAAAGAGUUUGUCUACAUUGAUGUUCAAAGAGGCUUGCGUUGUCAGAUCUCCCGCUACAGAACAUUCAGGUCGGCAUCGUCUUGGUUGCUCAACACAUUAGCGAUCGCACGAACUGGAAAAUUUUCCGCUGGUACAGGUUUUUUAGCGCUGAUCACGUACGUGACGUGCAUGACUUCCUUCUUGCCAUGGAACGCGGAUUCGUACACUAGACAAUAAAUUGUGGUUCAUCAAAUACCAAAUGAAUUCAAAAACGGAGUAGCUACGUACCAUAAAACAAGUUAUUUAUUUGAAUAUUGAAAUUUCAUUCAGAAUUUUCAACUUUGUGCGACUUUGUGCUGAAAGAUCACAACGCAUUUGACGGGUGUUUAUUAUAACAUAUCUGUGCUGUUCUUCUGAUGCUAAGAACAAUUUAAAUAUACACUGCAUCUCAAAACUGUA